AUGAGGGUACGCAAUGAUGUCCUGGCAGGCCAAGCCUCCCGGCAUCUUGCAGAGCUCCAUUCUUUGUGCUUUGUUGGUGUCUGCGACCUCGCAAUUCUCAGAGUUUGAUUACCUCAGAAAUGCAGGUCCGUUUUGUCCCAGUGCCCUUGAGCUGUGGUUCCUGAGAGUUCCAUAUGGUGCAGGUGUCCCAAAAUGUGGAGAAGGAGUUCUGGAUGGGCCUCCGCUCCCAGACAGGCCCACGCCUCCUCCUCCAACUUCGACGACGACUUUUACCGUCGUCACCACAAUUCCUGGCUUUCAAGAGGAGAAACAGGCCACGUGUUGCACGACGCUGCCCCCACAAAGCACCGCCGUUCCGAAGUACACGACGGCUCCGCCCUACGAAUACGUGUGGGACACGACCACGGCAACCUCCACCCAAACAAGUCUAACAGCGACGGUGACCUCAAGCACAACGGACACAACAUUGACCAGCCUCACAACCACAUCUAGCAGCAGUGUGAGCAUGCCGUGGUGGUGGAAUCCGGACUACUACUCCAGCACCACCAGCGCGACGGCCACCUCCACCAGCGCCAGCGCCACCAGCAGCACCAGUUCCACAGGGACGACCAGCACCUCCAGCAGCAUCACCAAGACCAGCACCACGGCGCCGUGGCCCAGGACGUCCUCAACCACCAGCACUUUCACAACUUCCGUGACCAACACGACAGUGGCCACCAGCACGACCACUACUUCGUCCUCGGCGACCAGUACCACGAGUGCCACGCGCACGACCUCCACCAGUAGUUCGAUCUCUCGUAGCAGCACCACGACGCUCUCCACGACCUCAACGACUGCAAGUAGCACCACAACAGUUCUGCCGGAUCCUCCGAUCCCUUGCCUGGCGCAGUGCCCCAGAGUGACUCCCACGGCAUGCCGGGGUGCUUUGAUGUCCGAUGCGAUGUGUGAGACGACAAUGCUGAAUUCGCCGUGCUUCGAGCCCAGCGAACUUCUCUUCACCUGCCCUGGAACCAACACGGAUCCAAAUCGGCGCCAAGACUUGUCUGCAGGACACUACGGUGUGAAGUGCUGGAUUUGCAGCUUCAGCAGCACCAUGCUUGAGAAUGACAUGGUGCCAGAUGUGGACCUGCGAACUGGGUACCUCAUGGUGGAUCUGAAGUUUGGUCCAAAUAUGUUGGGCAACAGUCUUGACGAGAAGCACAUCGAUGGGUACGCCAUUUUCAUAACCAAUGUGGAGGGAGACCGAUUCAACUUCAGCAGCCCUGUCAUGACGAUCCCGAAAAAGUUCGGAGAUGAGUUGGGAGGUGCCUGCUGCGAGGAGAGUGCCUAUUCAGCUCGAGUCACGACGGCAUUUCCACCAGGGGAGAGCCAGGUGCGCUUUGAGAUCGUUCCAAUCUUGACAGGUCUUGGCCCUUUGGCUGUCGGACGCAUCUCAGCGCCGGUGGCUGAUGCAAGUCCCUUCAAGCAGGUCACAUCUUCUGCAUGGCACGCAUCCUAUCCAAUGGCCUUCAUCCUAUUCAACAUCUAUGCCAAUAUAUAUCAAUUUCCAAGAAAUUGAUAAAAU